AUGAGCAACAACCUUACCCAGUCUGCAAGUGGCAUUCUGUCCAUGGUAACGACCUGCCACAACACAGCUGAGCUUGCCAAGUGGAUGGUCAAGCAACCAGAGUGGAAGAAGCAGAAGGAGAGCGACCUCAAGAAGAAGAGCCUUGGCGAACUUCAAAACAUGUGCACAAAUUACUUCACAAGUGUGGCAGAGGUGGAGAAGAACAAGGCAAAACUGACUGAAUUGGUUGAUGUGACAGCCCAAACAAGACCUGCCAGCGAGGAGCAAGUAACCCUGCCAACUGCCACAGUGACUGAUGAGGAGCUGUUGAAGCUCCUGAAGGAGGUAUGCUUUUCAUGCUGUUUGUGA